ACAACUCAAAUUCUUAGAGAGACGUUGGUUGCUCUGUAGCCUCUGUGUGAGUGGGUGUGUGUUCUCUCCUUCUGUAUCAUCGUCCAGAAGCUAAAAACCUGGAGAGAACAAUUUGAGCAGCGUCAGUCCACUACAGGUGAUUGUGAACCAGGAGAAGAGGAGAGAGAGAGAGAAAGUUGCUGCUAGUGUGACAGAAAUGGCAGUGGAGGAUGAGAUUGUAAAGGAGCCUGAACUUCUGGAUCCUUAUGAAAGCGAGAAUAGCAUUGAAGAUCAAAAAACUCUGGCCCAGUUCUCUCAAGCUCGGCAACUACAGUCUCCUCAACAUUAUACACAAAAGAAAUCGAGUGGGAGAAAGCCAAAGAUGUUUCGGGUCAGGAAAAGAUAUUCUGUUCCUCCAGCUUCACUUUGUUCUCUUGGUCAUUUGCAGGUAGUUGCAGAUCAAACAGAGAGUAUGAGAAGCCACUGUAAGCGAAAGAGGGCGAGGGCUACAAUCAAUCAGUUAUAUGCAUCUGACGAUGCUUACUUACGGGUUAUGGAGCGAGCUAAGGUGGUUCAAUUGAACCUAGACCCAGCAAUGCCUAGUUUAGCGAAACUUAUGCUUCGGUCUCAUGUUACUCAUGGUUUUUGGCUGGGACUUGCUGUUAGAUUCUGCAAGUUGAACUUACCCAAAGAAGACUGCAUCAUUACCUUAGUAGGUGAUGGUGAGAAAGAGUAUGAAACAAGGUACCUUGCAGAGAAGACAGGGCUCAGUGGUGGAUGGAGGGGGUUCUCUAUUGCACACAAUUUGGCUGAGGGAGAUGCAGUUGUCUUCCAAUUAAUCAAGGCUACCAAAUUCAAGGUCUAUAUUAUAAGGGCAAAGAAUUUGGAUGAAGUUGACGGAGCACUUGGAUUACUUAAUUUGGACACUUCUUCAAUGCAAAUUGUUGUUGCAGAUAAUGCAGAUGAGGGAUAUGGAAAGCAUUCAAGAUCUUACCCUGUUCUUCUUCAAGAGAAUAAUCAAAAUGCUUCUCCUUCAGAAUCUGUUUCUAACAAUGGGUCACCAGCUGGAGAAUGGUUUGAAAACGACAGUGAAGAAUUUGGCUCACACGUUUUGGAUGGUAUCAGAAUGUCUGCAGAACCUGUGGAAUUUAAAGAUGUGAAAAUCUUUGAGAAUUUUACCAUUAUAGUGAAUGAUUUGAUUUUAGACUCUCAGCUUCCUGAACAUGUUCGAGUGAAGUAUUAUGAGCUCUGCUGCAGUCAGAAGGCUUUCCUUCAUGAUCAGCUUCUCGAAGGCAUCAACUGUAAGUUGAUCACUGGAAUCAUUUCUGAGAUCGUCAAUGUGGCUGAUGCCAUGCGAGCUUGCAAACUUACUACCUCUCAGAAUGACCUUAAAUCUUGGGAUAAAAUCUUGAAAGCCUUUGAGCAACUGGGCAUGAACGUUGGCUUUUUACGUGCUCGACUGCACCGGCUUAUAAGCCUCGCCUUCGAGUCAAAAGGGGCAAUGGACUCGAAGUUAUACAACAAAGCUAUGUUCAAAAGGGCUUGUUUGGAUCAAGAGAUGAAAAAUCUUGAUGUGAAAUGUAUGGAAUUAAAAGAGGCUCGUGCACGUAAUGACAAAGAAAUUGAGACUCUGAAGUUGAAGGCUGAGAGACAUGAGAUGAAGUUUCAGUCAGAGGUUCGAGCUCCUUGGUGAUAUUCUUUGUGAAUUAUCAUGUGUAGUUUCUUCCUUUUUGAGUAGCCAGUGCAGUUAGUAAGCUGACAUAAUUAUAUGAAGUCAAGGACUCUAGCACUUUUUUGUGGAUUAUGAUGCUAGAUGUAUAUUUUGCGGGAUAUAUAUAUAUAUAUCUCGAUCAGCAAUGUAACUUCUACUGAAUCUGUCUUUAUCUGCACUAUCAUCAUGUAAAUGAGAAUGACUAACUCAAAGUCAAUUGAAGGUUGUAAAUUUUGAAGAAUGACUAAAUCAA